AUGUCAGCCCACUGGUACUUCGGUACCACGCACGGCAGCGGCGUAUCGGUUGAAUCUUCUGGAAGAAGGACAAUCAUCACUCUUCCAAAUCAUAUGACGAUCGUGGCUAGGGGAUCGGUGUCCUUUACCUCGACUUCCAACCGUAACCCCCCGGGUCGUCGGGGUCCUGCGCACGCUGAUGCGGAGUACCAUCGUCAUGGGCAGCGGCGACAUAGAAGUGGUAGAGGACGACCCUGGCCUGGGCGAGGGCGCGGACGUGGACGCAGGGAGCGAUACAACAGAACUGGCAGACAUGACGGACAGCAGCGAGGAGAGUUAAGCACAAAUGCACCCGGGUUGGAGGAUAGGAUUACGCUUCCGAACGGUCACGCAAGUGCUCUCGCAAUCACCAAUGCAAACACCACCAACAAGUAUGCUACGCCUUAUGAAGAUACGAUCACCACCAAUCACGACCACUAUGCUACAUUUCCUAGCACAAACGCGGAGUCGAUGACCGUCGGCCAGAUUGGCAGCGCAGCGUACGAAAAUGCAAAUACAAGUGGGAUAACUGCCGGCCUUCACGCUAUUUCAAUCUCAAAAGCCACAGUUGCUGACAGAGCACGCGCCACUACUACCGACGGUCUUUCUCACGACCCAGCGCAUAUUAUUUGUCCAAAGAACGAGGUAGACGACGCUUUGAUGUCCUGGGAUGAGACAUCUGUCAACGAGACCACGGUGGGAACUAUCAGGUCGGGGAGCACGAUGACGAUUCGUGAGCUGGUCACGAGCAAUGAUCCGGGCGCUGUCAAUGGCUUUGUUGACGGAGACCGGGAAGUGCAUCGGCCGCUGAUUGCGGACAAUGCGAGCGAUACAAGUACGCUUUGA